GGAGGUUUGGCGCGGAUGGUUUUCAUGGUCGGCAUGCCGGCGCGCCUGCUCUCUUCGUCCUGCGUGCCUUUGUCGGUUUGACAAUUCCGCGCCCACAAUCUGGCGCCCAUCGGGCGAUGUAUGUGGGGUCGGAUCUCGUUCUCGGUGUCUCGGACGAACAACACGCGGGCGCCCUUUGGCGCAUUGGUUUUUUAGGGUCGUUCUUGGCUAAAGCCAUUGACUGCGCUGGCUAAAGCCAUCCGGCGGGGGGGUUAAUUUUUGCCAAAUGUACCUUCAUACUAGCGCAGGAAGUAGUGUGUAGUCUGACACAACACCGGCACACAAAUUUGGAGGACGGGCCUGGUUCGCGGUACAGUAGUUCUUAUCUUGCAGUUAUUUUUCCUCUCAGGCUCUUUGAACUCAUUUUCAUUUACAUUUGGCCAGUAGAAGUGCUUGGCUCUUAUCAGUCGUCUUUUCUUCGUAGAUCAUUACGUAGGCUGAGGCUACUUGAAUUGUCUCUGUAGUUUUUACAAACCGCAAAGUCGAAAUCGAAACAUACAUCAUGAACUGUCCGAGAAGUCAAAUUGUGUUUCGGCUUGUAGCCGUAGUUGUGGUCUUUUUUUGGAGCGCGCCACUCUGUGAAGCAGUGACUCCAAGUUUGGGAGCACGAGCAGGUCAACAACAAGAACAAGUAAGCGGAUCGGUUGGAGGUGAACCUGAUGAUGACCCAAGUGCCCCACUUCAGCUUUGGGGACGGCACUGCAAGAACCUGGUGUGGACCGGGGCAAAUGCUGCGCUUGUCGGAAAUUAUCUCUCGACGAGCAGUUGCCUGACACCGUACGUCGGCCGGGACAUUACGCAAGCGGAGGGUACCGCCAUCUGCUGUUGUCUUGCCGGCUGUGGCCUCGGAGGUGCGUACGCACUUUCAAACGCUUGUGUCUCGACGCGAGAGUGGCUGCAAGGGCUGUCUCGUCAGCUGAGCGAGCAAGUAGAGGAGCUCGACGCGCUACAAGAGUGGCUGGAAGGGCGGUCUCGUGAGCUGAGCGAGCGAGUAGAGGAAGAGGUUGCAUCAGCUGCGCCUCAACAGCAGCGCAUGGAGGGAGCUGCGCCGGACGAUACACGCGCUGACACCGCGCUUGCCCGGCAAGAAGUGCAAGAUACGCAUGCAGGGCGAGGAACAGGUAGAAGGCAGCAAGCCCAACCCAAUCAGGGCUCUUUGCUGGCGGUUAAUCGCAGUAGACAGGCACCAACACCGUCUGGUGCACGGUGGCGUUCUGGCCGACACUCAAGUUAGACCAGCAAGACUGAUGCUAGUGCAUGGAUGAAGUCGCAAUUUUUUGUAUAGCACCGGAGUCGUUGUACGCCAUUCGUACAGAAGAUCAUCAUCAUGGUGCAAAACCAAAAGCCCCUUUAAUUAGGGCUCAUACAUCAACAACAUUCAUAGUAAUGUAAAAGCAAAGGGCUGCGAAGCGAGGUCGACAUAUACAGAAAGAAGAAGAACAUCAAAAUGUGUCUUGAUAGAUCUAGAUGCCGCGGGACUGUUUUAUAUGG